AUGUACCCCGACACUGCGCCGCCACCGACGUUGAUGGCGAACGGUGCCCCGGUGGAGCUCGAAUCGCCCUCCGAAUCAGACGUACCGAAGAAUGGGGAGGACGCCGAGCCGAGAGUCACGAUCCCAGCCCUGUCGUACCCGCACAUUAUCGAUGCGAUCUUCGCGUCGGCGCCGUACGCAUCUCUCCUCCGCCUGAGGGCCGUCGACAAGGCAUGGCAAGAGCGCGCCGACGCGCUGCUCGGCACGCAUCUCGUUUUCUCGACUGGCGGCGGUCGUUCUUCCACGGACCCGAUGCGCGUGGAGGUUUCCUCCCUCGCAACGAACCGGGGGAAGCGUGCGCGCCGGUUGCGCUUCCGUGUGGAGCGAACGACGACCCCUACCGUGCGUGCCGAGGCGCAGCGCUGGCUCGAGAAGGAGGCCAUGCCCCGCGUUCUGGAUCUGGACAACUGGGGCCGCAACUCGGGCAACUCGCGCUGGUGGCUGCCCGCGCCGCUGAGGGAGGCGAUGGAGGCGCUGCGUCCCGAUACGGUGCGGAUCUACGGCCCCGCGCAAGCCGCCAUGGGCCGGUGGGUCGCGCGCACAGAGCGUACGGUCGUCUUCACGGCCAUUCCGCCCUGGAAUACGCAUACCGCCGUCAAGAUUGUGCCCGCGCCAAUGCUGCCCGACACGAAGAGGCUGGUCGUGAACCUCACGAUCCACGAGAGGGGUCGGCAUGUUCCCCUCGGCGAGCUUGCGACUUGGGACACGCUGCCAGACGAUCUGGAGGAGAUCGUGCUUAUCGUCAAGGACGCGGAGACGGCCAAGACCUUCGUACCCCGGACUAACACUGGUUUCGUCCCCCGUCCCACGGCGGCAAGUCUGGCGAGGCAGAAGGCGCAGCAAACCCGGCGUGCGAAGGAGGGGCGCGGCGGCGAGGGUGACCGCGCAACGAGACAGGAGUGGGGCGUGUUGCGGCCGCUGCACUCCUGGCUCGUGAGCGCAUGGCGCUGCGGCGGCGUGAAGGCGCUCAUGCGCGAGAACCACUGCAUCAAAUUCACGAUCGUGGGCAUGACGGAGAUCAAGGCAAACCACGCCGGCUUCACGAACGCGAUGACGCAGGAGGAGAAGGCGGCCAAGCUGGUCGAGAGCCGGGAUGCGAUCGCAGAUAUCUGGAAGAGCAACUUUGAGCCGACCCCUGUCCCCGCGGCGCCGGGGAGUCGGUCCGUUAGCAGGGGCGCACCGAGCCGUGCUGGUGACUCGAACUCUUGCCAGAACGCACUCGGCGCGUCGACCGCGUCACUCGCCCCCUCCGCCGCUUCGAACUCGGGCGCAUCCAGUCUCUCCACCGCCGUUUCCGAACUGAGCCUCGCGCCCAGCGCUGCUUCGACUGCAACUGCGCCGUCGCCCGCGCCGGCCGAGGAGGAGUUCUGGACCGCGGCAGAGGUCGACAAGGUCGUCAGCGGCAUCCGCUUCCUCACGCGCGAGGAGUACAAGGCCGAGUGCCCCAAUUGGGCGAUCGAGUGGGAGGCCUGA